CGGUGUUGUGCGCGCUGCUCGGGAGGUAGAAUCUGCGGCUUCUUGCUGGCGGGGCUGCCUGCUUUCCUGCCAUCUUUGCUGCACCGUGUGUCCAAGCCUCGAGACUUGGCUAGCAGCAUCUGUCCACUGCUGCUGUAGUGCCUUCCGAUGGCUGGCAAUAAAGGAAGAGGCCGUGCUGCCUAUACCUUUAAUAUCGAAGCUGUUGGGUUCAGCAGAGGGGAGAAGUUACCUGACGUUGUGUUGAAGCCUCCACCGCUGUUUCCUGAUACAGAUUACAAGCCAGUGCCCCUGAAAACCGGAGAAGAUGAAGAAUACAUGCUGGCCUUGAAGCAGGAGCUGAGGGAGACGGUGAAACGAUUGCCGUACUUUAUCGACACACCGGAAGAGAAACAAGAUGAUAUUGAAAGGUAUAGCAGACGAUACAUGAAGGUCUAUAAAGAAGAGUGGGUACCAGAUUGGAGAAGACUUCCAAGAGAGAUGAUGCCAAGGAAAAAAUGCAAGAAAGGGGAUCCAAAAUCCAAACCGGCCAAAGCUGCAGGCAAGGAUACCUCACUCAUUAAUUCUGCAGAUGUGUUGAAAAAGAUUGAGGAACUGGAAAAGAGAGGCGAGGGUGAAAAAUCAGAUGAAGAGAACGAAGAGAAAGAAGGAAGCAAAGACAAAGACAAAGAUGAUGAGGAAGACGGCGAAGAGGAUGCAGAACAGGAGGAGUACGAUGAAGAAGAGCAAGAAGAGGAGAAUGACUACAUUAACUCGUACUUCGACAACGGGGAUGAUUUUGGUGUAGACAGCGAUGACAACAUGGACGAGGCCACCUACUAGCUGUGGAAAGCCCGGGUGUUUGGCAGAUUCAGUUUCCAGCAUUUGGAUCCACUUUAUUCUGGAGAAGGAUUAAGUCCGUAUUUUCUGUUGUCCAGUGUUCCUUAGCCAGCUCUUCAGAAGAACUUUGUGCUUACACCCCGUGACCUCACUCCUUCCCGAGGCCACGCCUGAUUACGCCUUGUGGUUGUGUGGUCCUCAGACUUUUGUUUGAUCUGGAUUUGAAUGUUUCUAAAGAGUUUUAGUAUCACUGUGUAUUCACAGUUAAAAAAUUCACGCUGGCUCAUCUGCUGACCUUAGGUAAAAACUGUUACUAGUCAUCAUGGCUUUCUAUUAAUACUGCACAUGGGGCACUUUAAAAACAAACCGUACCACGAUUUCUCUUACCUGGUACAUUCUGUUUUAUCAUGGUGCGACCUCAUAAAUGUACCUGCGUUCUUAACAGUACAGACUUAGAGUUGUGCUGAUAGGAAACAGGCUGUGAGCCAACACCAGUAACCUGGAUGAAAUCCAUUUCAGUUUACUUCUCAGCACAACAAACACUUUCACAUAGGUGGAAGGUUGUCAGUGCUUGGCCUUGGGGCUAACUCCAAGCCUUCCUGUGUACAGUGUGUGAAUUAAUGACCCCACUGUAAUAAGUCUGACACUUUCAACUUGUUGGGCUUACGGGUGUGUGUGUGUGUGUGUGUGUGUGUGUGUGUGUGUGUGUGUGUGUGUGUAAAAAACCCUGAGACAUACCGCUUAAUCCUGGACUUCAUACAACUGGAAACAAGUCCUGGUUGUAUAAACCUCAUGAUAGAAUGGUGUGUGUGUGUGUGUGUGU